AUGACUUCUGACAAAGCGACGACCGUCAGCAGGACGCGGCGGCAGCGUUGCAAUCCGCCCGCGGGCAGGUGCCCAUCCACCCGUCGCAAACGCAACCUGCCCGAGAAAACGGCCGCUCGGCGUGAUCACCAUGGUACCAUCCCGCCGCUCCGUCACCUCCUCCCUCUCCUCCUCGCACUAUGUCUCUUACCCCGCUCCGUCCUUCCCGCAUCCGCGAAUCCUUCCUCUGAGGGCGGCCAGGACGGGUGGUUAGAUCCAUCCGUCGCCUCCGCCGCUGCCGCGGUUUCGAGAAUCGCCGCAGCAGGAGCAGGCGCGGGUACGCUCACCGCUUCUCGUGGCGCGGCGACGUUGGGAGCUGAGUCGCCGACCGCGACUGUCCGAUCGAAGCUGAAUUCGACAAAGCCAGUCACAGAUCCAUCGAGAAACUCCCUAGAGGAGGAGCUACCAGCAGACUCUGGGGGCGGGAAGACGGAGCGAGCAGCAGCGGUGCUGGCGGUGAAUAUCACGUCUGCGCCGUCGGAGCGCAGCGCGGGCAGCAACGCGUCGUUCCGGUUCGCGGCGUUCUGGUCGCCCUCGGGAAGCCCUUGCAGUAACUGCUCCUACACGUGCUCGAUCGAUGGCAAGCCCGCCACCCCGUGCAACAGGGGCCACAAGCGCUACUCCGCGCUCGAAUCGGGGGAGCACACCUUCCGCGUGCGCGCCACUGCGCCGCCCUCCGCGCCCCGCGGAAACUCCGAAAAUGGCACGGAUGCUGCAGCCUCCCCUGCUGCUGCUGUCAGGGCGUCCGCGUCGCACACGUUCGUCGCAGCCCCCACCCCGCAUCUCCCCCUUGCUUCUUCCCCCGUGCCCUUAUGUGCUCUCCAUUUCCUCGUGCCUAACACCUGCAGAUUCUCCACCAGCGGAAUGUGCGCGCAGAUUUCUUCUUGCCAUCGCCCCCCCCGGCCCCCCACCCUAUCCUUGUGUGACCCGUCGUGCCUGGUACCCGCGGAGAUCACCGCCGUGCCCCCGACCAGUCUCAACGCGUCCACGCAGAUCCUGCUCAACCUCUCGCGUCCCUGCCUGGGCCUCUCCUGCGCCUCCAAGAACAAUUGCUCGGUGAGUGGAGAGGGGUGUGCGAAGAGAGAUCGUGGUUCGGGGUGGCUGCAAUACACAGCACGAGUGGCGUUCACAGCCAAGUACGGCCGGGUCAUAAUCGUGGUUCGGGGCCCGGCCGAGGUCGUCCCGGGGAGUUUCCAGGAGGUGGUGCCUGGGCUGCGGUACACAGCACGAGUGGCGUUCACAGCUAAGUACGGCCGCGUGAUCGUGCGCAUGCCACGAGAGGCCUGCAUGGUCCGUGCGACGCUGGGGCAAGUCACGGAUGGUGACGCUGCUGGUGCUACUGGUGGUGAUGGUGGUGACCAGCGCGAGCUCAAGGUGCGAAUCACCCCUGACCUGGACCCCUCGCCCGUGUUCUUCCACGGGAAGCCGCGGCCGCUCUACACCGCUCUGCACCCAUCCGACGUGCGGUUCCUGGUGCGGUUGCAGACGGCGGCGGAUGGGCUGGAGGGUGCCGUGAGGGGAGCGGGCGUGGUGCGAGGGGGGAGGAUAGAGCGCGUUGAGGCAAUCAGCAGGAAGAAGCUUCGUGUGUGGGUGAUUCCCACUGCGGCCGUCUCCCUCGUGUCUCUCUCCCUGCCUGAGGCUGCGCUCACCAAUGAGUACGGGGCAGUCAGCCAUGCGUCCUCGCCCGGGUUCAUCCUCUAUGCCCCCGCGCCCCUGUCCGCGCAGCUCACGGCGCUCUCCCCCUCGCACGUGCUGGUUGCGCCCAUGGGGGAGGCGGCAGCGGGCGUGCUGGUGGCGCUCACAGCGCCAGUGCGCGCAUUCACUGCUGCGAGUGUGAGGGUGGCGGGCGCUGCUGUUCUCGGCAUCUACCAGCGGUCGCUGUUGGAGUAUGUGGUGAGCAUUCAGCCGAGCGCAGCGGGAGAGACGGCGUCUAUCCAUGUGCCUGCUCGGGCGCUGCAGGGCCCGGGCAACCGCAGCAACGAGCAGGCGUCCAACACUCUCACCUUCGUGCAGUACGAGACACCAGCAGCAGCGUCGGUGGUAUCAGGAGUCACAACAGCGGCAGCAUCUCUCUCAAUGGCCGCCUCCGCGCUGCUCUCCCUCUCCUCCUCCGCCCUCGCCCUCUCCGGCCAUGCUGCUACUGCCACCUCCGCCGCCUCUACUGCCCUGCUCGCCGUGCCCUCUCGCACUCUCCUGAACAUGGCGCUCCAUCUGCAGGCCAUGGCGCUCUCCUCCUCCCUCGCCACGGAUCUUCUUGUCGAUUCAAAAACCAGCUCUCAGAACAUGGCGUUUCAUCUGCAGGCAAUGGCGCUCUCCUCCUCCCUCGCCACCGAUCUCCCGCUCACCUUCUCCCAAGCGGCACAGAACCUACUCUGGAUCGUACCCUCCGCCAAGCUCCCCUGGUCUCAAGAUCUGAACCCGCACAUGCUGCAGACUCCUGCUCCCUACGCUGCUGCUGCUGCUGCUGCUGCUGCUGCUGCUGCUGGGGAGAUAGAGGGACCAGCUAUGCAGACGCCCAAAACAGGAGCAGAGGCAGGAGCAGGAGCAGUCGAAACAGCAGGAGCAGGAGCAGCAGCAGCAGCCGCUGCAGUUGAAGCCCAAAGAACCACAGUCAACACCUCUGAAUCCUCCCCACUUUUGGCUUCCUCCGCGUCUCUCUCCUCUCCCCUCCCUGUGACUGUCCGUAUUGGCGAGGCAACAUAUGCGAGCGAGUCUGGGCAUGCAGAUAACACUUUCCCUGCUCGAAGCCCGCACAACAGGAGGCUGCUGGGGAGGGAUAGCACAGGGAAUGACGGAGGCGAACCAAAUGGGGACCUUCAGAGGGAUGUGAACGAUUUGAGAGGCGGUUUCAGAGGUGUUUUGAGUGAUGCAACUGUUGCUAGUGAUGCGUUGAGACGUGAGUUAGGAAGCGAAUCGAGUGGGUCGGGCUUGGUACGGCAUUAUAUGAAGGGGAGGGGUGCCAAACGGCCGUCAGGGGGUGCUGGUGGUGGUGGCUUUGAAGCUCAGCAGACUUUUGCAGACGGGGUAGCAGGAGACGAUGCGGUGAUGACAGGGAACGAGGAGGAGGAAGGGGACGGGGAGGAGGAGGUCGACGAGGUGGACGAGGAGGGGGACGAUGGGGAGGAAGGAGAAGGGGAGGGUGUGCAAGGCAUGCCUGGUCCCGCUUUCACCAGCGGUAGUGGUGAUGGGGGUGCUGGUGGCGACAGCGUUGAAGAUAGAAAAAGGGGCGUUGUUGCUGUUAGAGAGGGCAGCAGGGAUCACAGAAGAGGGUCGUUGAACGAGACAGAGGGUGGCGAGAACGGCAGUAGUGGUGACGAGGAGAGGAAGCCAGACACCAGUUACCUUACGACCACGGAAUACAAAGACCUUCAAAAGGAGCUAGAAGCGGUUGCUGCGGGCGCUGCUUCGUACUGGGACGAGGCUGCUUCCGAGGCUCACAGCGACCUCAU